UAACUGGAAAUUCUGGUCUUCUGACACAUUUCAAAGUUCCCCAGUCCUUUUAGAAACCGGACGUGAAGAACUGUACCGUACACACGUGUUUACACACAGCGCAGAAGAUAAAUAAGCAUUAGCCGACGUCCCUUUAAAUUCUGUUAAAUAUAUAGGCUAGAUUAACCAUAUCAGACUACAAUCAAUCAUCAGUUAGGCUAUCCCAAGUCUUAAGAAACUUUUUUAAGAAGCAUCACCCUCUUUACACGUUUUACUUUAUUUUGUCUUAAUCUUUAAAUAAAUUAUCUCAUUUCUUGAACUUAUGACUAGUUUGUCAAUAUCAGGCCCCCUGACACUCAAACUGAACCACAGGUAGCCAAUCAGAGCUGAAUGUGGGUCCAAAGUUCAGCUCAGGCUGCCAGUAGCUGUGAAGCAGAAACAUCUGAUAGAAACAGCAGAACUGAAGAGGAGAGCUUUACUUUGUUUUGGGGCUGCAGCGGUGAUUAAAGAAGCCAGAAUAGCCUGACCCUGCAUCCACAGGUGGACGGAUGAAGUACUGCAGUACUCGUGGUGGGGUCCAUGGAUGGGACUUCAGGGAUGUGCUGUUCUCAGGUUAUGCUCCAGAUGGAGGGAUGUUCAUGCCAGAACAGGUGCCUGUACUGGGCCCUGACACCCUGAGACGCUGGAAGGGGCUGUCCUACAGCAAACUGGUGGUGGAGGUUGCAUCACUGUUCAUCCCUGCCGAGCUGAUCCCCAGAGAUGACCUGGAGGUCCUCAUAGACGAAGCCUUGUCUGGGUUCUCUGUGCCAGAGGUGGUCACAAUAUCCCGACUGAAAGGUGGUCUGUCGGUCCUGGAGCUUUUCCAUGGAAACACCCUGGCUUUUAAGGACUUGGCUAUGACCUGUACUGUUCGCUUCCUUAACUACUUCCUACAAAAAGAGAACAGACGAGCGACUGUUCUUGUAGGUACAUCGGGGGACACUGGGGGCUCGGCCAUCCAGAGUGCUAAAGGUCUCCCUGGUUUGGAUGUGAUUGUGGUUUAUCCUCGAGGACGCAUCACUCCGGUGCAGGAGAAGCACAUGAUCACCUGUCUGGAGGACAACGUCCAUGUGUUUGCAGCGGACGGCAGCUCAGACGACAUCGACCAGCCUCUCCGCCGUCUGUUUGCUGACCAGGAGCUGGUAAAGACUCACAGACUCAUGAGCCUCAACUCGGUCAACUGGUCCAGAGUCAUGGUCCAGCUGGCCCACUUUAUACUGGCUUACCUGGAGCUCAGUGGUCUGGAGGAUUCUGGUGCAGAUCUGCCUGAGCUGGAGGUGGUGGUUCCAACAGGAGGGGCAGGAAACAUCGCAGCUGGCUACAUUGUAAAGCUGAUGGGAUUGCCCCUGAAACUGGUUGCCAUGGUGAACUCUAAUGAUACAGUGCACAGGACGGUAACCACCGGCGACUUUUGCAUGGCUGCUCAUGUCACUCAGACUCUGGCCCCUGCCAUAGACAUUCAGGAUCCGUACAACAUGGAGCGAGUCUUCUGGCUGCUGCUGGGCCGAGACAGCGCUUCAGUUAAGAGCAUGAUGGAGAAGUUUCAAAGUUCCCAUAGAUUCUUGCUGCCUGAAAACCACCGUAAACUGCUGUCACAGGUUUUGUUGACCGGCACAGUGACUGAUGAGGGAAUCUUGGAGACCAUGAGGAUGUGUUGGGAAGAAAACCAGUAUGUGUUGUGUCCUCACACAGCUGUGGCUGUAUGGCAUCAUUACCACUGUCCUCACAGCGCUGCGCUAAACAGGUGUUAUAUUGCAACAGCAUCUCCAGCCAAGUUUGAGGCAGCAGUGCAGAAGGCCGGCCUGUCUUUUGACCUACCUGAAGCGGUGCUCGCUUUGGACAGGUCUCCCACCCGUGUCCAGAAUCUGGAGAGGAGUUUGAACUGGUGUAUUGACUGGGAGGACAGGCUGAGGGAAUGGAUCCAGUCUUUGAGCAACAUCAGGAAGGAGGCAGGCGCUUAUCAGAAACACUGACUGCUCUAUAGACAAGGUCAGAGGUCUCUGGGAUCUGAUCCACUCACGUCUUUAUCUGAGUUUUUAAAGGCUGGGCUUAUUGUAAAUCCAUCUUCUUGUCUUUUUGAUGGACUUUGGUCUGUAUUGACAAAUGACCUUUUAUUUGCAGAGUGAUAUCAUGUACCUGAUCAGCUGUCACAGUGACAUCAGUGAGAAGAAAACAUUUGCAUUUGUUCUCUUCUUUUGGACAAUAAUAAUACGAAUCAAAGAUUUUUUUUAACAAAUUUCUGAAAUAAGCUAAUAUUAGUUAAAUUAUCAAAUGAUAUUACAAACAUUUACUUUUGGUAUUACAGACCCAGACCAAGUGGUAGAGAUGACCCAGGCUGGUGAAUUUAAACUGAUUUUUAAAUAAAAUUCAAACAGUG